AUGGUGGAGAGCGCGGGCGACGGGCGCCUCUUGUCGGGUCAUGACGACAGGGCUGCCAAGGCGUCGCGUCGUCUGUGCCAUCAUCAUCAAUUUCCUACAUUCUCGGUACAGCCGGCUCCGGCGAAUUGUAUCUAGACGAUCCGGAUAUCGAUCCUCCUUGACGAUGGUUUUGCGCGAAUGGCACCCCUCUUGAGCGUCUCGGCUUCCGCUUCGACAAACCAGACCCCCAAAUACAGACGAGCCUCUCGAGUUUGAUACUUUCCUAGGCCGCUCGAUGCUGGGAGGGACAAGUUCAAGGAUCGUGGAACAAUCAUUGCAGCACGUAAGCAAGAUUACCGGUCUAUCGCUAUCGCUGGGCUGCCUUUCAGUGUCCAAAGGAUUUGGCGGCAUAUAGAUUACGCCGAGCGCAUGCAGAGUGGAUGA